UUUCAGGGGAACGCUGUCAGAUUCGCUUGUCCAUGUAGGUGUGUGUGUGAGAGUAUGUGCGUGUGAAUGUGUGUUGUAUGUACAUAUCUGAGCGGGCACGUGUAAAGCUACAUGGAGUGUUUAAUUUCGAUACUUUGAUGAGAAAGACGCUGCGGGGUACCACACGUGAAUUUUGUGCGAACGAUUUUGGCUAGCCUACGAAUGAGUUUUGGCUCCUAGCAUCCUUUCAAGAAAGACAUUUAUCCACGACCUUUCUCAGAUCACCGCGUCAUGUCUGUGAAUGGCACUAGCAAAUCUGGCAGGCUCCAGACGGAAGAUAAAAGCAGACAGCGAAAAUUCCUCUCUUUUCUCUUUUACCAAGCGGUGCGGGAUCACAAGCCAGUGUGGACGUUAGAGGACAUGCGGACCAUGGAAACAUUUUAUUGGGAAGAAAAUGCUAGCCAAAGAUCAUACACUCCAUCCGAAGCUCUGUUAUACGCUAUAGUACACGACCAUCAACCUUAUGCACAGUACUUGCUUAGUCACUAUUCGGAGGAGGCGUUGGCUAUGCCAGGUGAACGUUUUUGUUGCUGUCCAUGCUCGGCACCGCACCUGGCAAUGGCUGUCAGAUAUGAUAGAAGGGACAUACUGGGUCUUAUUCUCCAGGUGGCACAUCGGCUGCCUACACUCCGUUCUUACUUGAACCGCAGCGGAUGUUUUCAUCGAGAGGACGGUAAGACCCCAUUACAUCUGGCCUGUGAGCUCUUACGCUCAGAGGCGGUCAUUCUGUUACUGGGCAGCGGCGCCUCGCCCCAAGCCGAGGAUAACAAUGGCAUGACGCCUUUGGACGUCAUUUUAGAGCAGCUGUGGGAUUCCAAAGUUAAUGUGGGAGCCAAAAAGCUAUGUCUUGACAAUUUGUUGUUGUUCAUGCCCGAGAUACGCUUUAAGAUGAAGGGGUCGCUCGAAAAAAACCCUGUGUGCUGGUCCAAGGUUCUUGGAGAGGACAAAUUCAACCAUCUCGUCGGGAAGAAUCCGGCUUCACUGUUUCUCAUAGCUAUGCAAAAAACUCUUCGGAUGUUGCCCCCGGAGCAGUUUACGAAAAGCCUGCAUGACCUCCCUAUUCCGACCUCACUGAAGCCGCUCCCUGUGCCCUGCAAACAGCGGCUGCAAGUACAAGUGUUGUAGACAAUUUUAUCAUUUAAAUAUUGAAUAGGCUAUGUAGCCUACGGAUGUAUUUUAAUGUAUGUAUUGGACAAGUCUUGCAUGGUAUAGGAUUGUCUCAAGCACGUCAUAUUGCCUAAUUUGGACAGUGAUUCUGAAGUAAAAGCGGAAAUCUAAAUUAAGACUACGCCAUGAAAUGUAAACCGUAUCAUCUGUUUGACGGAAAAGCAAUAUAGUAUUACUGUAUGCCUGUACACCGAUUAUGGUUCUAUCAGUAUUACAAGCCCAAAGUGUAUGUUUCCCCCUUUGGAGCAGGAUGUAAUUUAGGGUUUUUCCAAACCGAAGAAAUAUUCACUGAUACUACGUCUUAACUGUUUUCUAUUUUAAAAAUAUAUGAAUAUUUUGAGAUCCGCUAUAAUGAAUACAACGGGAGUUAUUUUUUAUAUAUGAAGUAUCAACUUUAUAUAUGCAAUUUCAGAUAUUUAAAAAUAUGUAUUUUGUUAUUUUUUUCCUAACGAAUGAUUAUCCAUCAUAUAAGAUUACUUUUAAUUUGUUCUGAAAUAAAUCAUUUAAAAAUUAUGUACUAUUAAAACAGCUGCAUAAUGCGUUUGUUGAUGAUAAUGCACAUGCAGUUCUGCUUUUUAAUAAAUUGAUAUCCUGCGUA